AGGGAGUCGGCCAUUAUGGCGCCGCGCCGUCCGUUACCUCACUCACCCAGUCGCUCUCCCGGUCUCCACGAGGCAUCUCGAUUCGCUGAAGAAACGGAGAAGGAAAGCGAGUGGGUUCUGGGUGGCCUCGGUCGUUCCGGCAGCUGCCCGGCUCUGGACGCGGGUGAAGCGGCUCCGACGAGUGUCGCGGCGGGCGGCGGCGGCGGCGCAGCGAAGGGCGGGAACGAAAGAGGGCGGCGCUUGCGGCGGCCUCGCCCUGCCCAGCCCCCUCUCGGCUCUCGGCCUUGCUGCAGCUGCCGCGGCCUCCCCUUCUCUCCCCGCCCCCUCAGAUGCUGCUGCUGCCGCUGCUGCCGCCUCAGACCGCGCCGGGAGCCAGGAGGAGACUGCGGGGGAGUCAGGCCGCCGGGCGCCGUUGAACACAAAAUGGGGAAGAAGCAGAAUGGCAAAGGCAAAAAAGUUGAAGAAGCAGAACCUGAAGAAUUUGUGGUGGAGAAAGUCUUGGAUCGGCGUGUGGUUAAUGGAAAGGUGGAAUACUUCUUGAAAUGGAAGGGAUUUACUGAUGCUGACAAUACUUGGGAACCUGAAGAGAAUUUGGAUUGUCCAGAGUUAAUAGAAGCUUUUCUGAACUCUCAGAAAGCUGGUAAAGAAAAGCCAGAUGGUGGCAAAAGAAAAUCUCUCUCAGACAAUGAAUCUGAUGACAAUAAAGCAAAGAAAAAGAGGGAUUCUAUUGAUAAACCAAGAGGAUUUGCAAGAGGUCUUGAUCCUGAGCGAAUAAUUGGAGCCACAGACAGUAGCGGGGAACUAAUGUUUCUUAUGAAGUGGAAGGACUCAGAUGAAGCAGACUUAGUUCUGGCCAAAGAAGCUAAUGUGAAAUGUCCCCAAAUUGUAAUUGCUUUUUAUGAAGAGCGACUAACUUGGCACUCGUGCCCAGAAGAUGAGGCACAAUAAUUGUUUGACUUUUCCUUUUUAUAUAUGUGUAAAAAGAUUAACAGCUGUUGGUUUUGACUUACCAAAAAUGUGGAAAAUGUCUACAUUCUAAUAAGAUGAGUUUGAUUAUUUUUGAAGUUUUGUGUUUUGCAUAAACAGAAAGGAAAAAGGGUUGUGCUAUUUGCUGUGUUUAUUACAGGAGAGCAUUUGAUACUGCUUUCUGCAUAUUAGGUAAAGUGUUUUAUAAAGUUAAUAGUUAAUGGUGAUUCUUAAUGGCAGUAUGAACAAACUCACAGGUGUUUUUGUAGUCCUCUAUUUGAUUGACAUGCAUGCAUCUUAUUCCCAACUGAAUCCUUUUACCAGUGCAAGUGAAGCCAUCCUUUUCUAAUGCCAUCGAAUGGUCUCAGAAGAGUAGCUCUGUUCAGCAUCGCACGGUGAGUCUAUGCGGUUGUUCCUUUUAGUAUUUGUGGCCACCUGGUUCUGAGGGGACCAGCUGAACCCUUUGUAGUAAGUUGAAGGUGCAGACUGUAUAUUGUUUAUUUUAUUGUAAAUACUGGUGACGGUGAUCAAUAAAAUAAUUUUAUAUUCUU